CGGAUUGAUAUUUGUGUUCGGGUUUCCGGUAGCAAAACCGGGGUGACCACCGAGAGAUGGAGGAGGGAGGGCUGAGUUGGCCGACUGGGCUUGGGCCGGAUGAUGUUGGGCUUGUUGCUGUUGCUGGAGAUGGGCUUGCUGUAGGUGGGUAUAGGAAGCUGUUAGGCCAGUAGGCCCGUAUCGGCCGACGGGAGGGGGCAUGUUGAAAGGCAGCGAUGAGAGAGCUGAUCAACCGUCACGCAUCUGAGAUUGGGAUGAACGAUGAGUUGAAGUGGAGUGGGAGGGGGUCGGUCGGCUCUUUUCGCGCUGGGCUCUGGGACGGACGGGCUCAUCCUCGUCGGCGAAGAAGGCGGACAGCUGCGGUUGCUGGAUCCGGACUAGUGCGCCAAGCCCCCAGUCCUCGCUCGAACUCCCUCGUUUCCGUACAGCUUCAACUUCCUCUGUUUCCGCCUGUCCUUAUUCUCACGCUACCACCCCCGGUUUCCCGUUCAUUGUCUGUCCGGACCCUGCGGAUCUCGGUCUCAAUUUCCUGAAUAUUCGAUCCGCCGUCUAACUCACCACCAAGUCACCCCCUCAUCCAUCGCCAAUCCGCUCACCAUGGCUCCCAACCCCACCGGAUUUGACAUC